UCGAAAGAUGUCAUUGCCAGAAUCCAUAGAAAGGCUGAAGCGGCAACACUGCAUUGUUUGUUUUUAUAUAAUGUUAGGUGCUCGUGUUUUUAAUUUAAGCCCCGGUAUCAGCGCCUUUUGUCGCUGUCCUUGUGUAAGAAACAAAAGUACCAGCAAGACUAGCGAUGGCUUAAGACAGCAGGGCAAAAUCUUCAGGACUUUACUGGGGAAUCGUGUUAAAGGCAGCAAAAAACGCUGGUACCCGGCGCAAGAUGACAAAUUCAGCCGCUCGGAUUCGCAGCCCACGACGGGUGUUUCCCUAUCCCGUCCACAUGCCUCGAAAAGCAACAAUCGCCGCAUAUCCGUGCUCAACAAACUCUUCAUGACCAACAUAACCGAUUUUCUGGCCACCUCCGAGAUCUCCGAAUCGAUUGUAGGCCGAGGCAUGCAGGUGUCGUAUGUGAACAUCACCAGGGACUUCUCGCAGGUGAAUGUGUACUGGAUGGGACAGGGCGAUGAAGAAGCCAACCAGAUGCUCGAACAGGAACUCUUCCGCUGCAGCGGACAACUACAGCAUGAGCUCUCCCAGCUUCGGUUGAUGGGUGAAGUUCCCCGCAUCAGGUUUCACCGGGACAAGACUGGAAUCCACCUCCAUCAGGUUCAGGAUUUGCUUUCCAAACUCGGUCGAGAUGGCAAGUUGGAGGCUGAAAACUCCGAGGACCUGAAAGAAAACGAUUCAGAAAGUUGUAGUGCCCCAACGGAGACUAGUAUUGUACCUAAGACUUGGCCAAAAAUGCGCCAGGAUGUCUUGAAUCUAAAUCACCACCUAAUCAUGGAUAAAAUAUACAUCAAGAUGCGGAAAAGUAAAGAAGCCUGGGAUAGUUACACCCGAGAGAAAUCAAACGCGCCAAAAACCGAACCGGAACAAGAAAACGAAAAGAACGCUAAGGAAUGA